AUGGAUGGUGAUACAGAAGUGCUCACGCACAAUAUGCGACCGCCGGCCGUUAUUGACGUCUUUAAUUUACACGCCGUGAUCAGCGCUACACAACAUGGACAGGCAGAUUUGGUACGAGAAGCGCUGAAGCAAGGAGUUUCGCCAAAUGCAACAGACGAUGAUGGAUGCUCUUUACUCCACUGGGCUGCCAUCAAUAACCGGCUUGAAGUUGCACGAUUACUCAUUUCUUACAACGCUGACACAAAUCUAGUUGGAGGAGUUUUGGCGUCGUCUCCAAUUCACUGGGCAGCCAGAAACGGACUUGUUGCAAUGUGUGCAAUGCUGGUUAAGGCGGGAGCUGUAUGUAAUAUUCGAGACAUCCAAGGGUACACACCAAUACAUUUGGCGAUUCAAGGGAAUCAUAUUGGACUAGUGGCUUAUUUUCUGCUCAAAUUCGAUUAUGCCAAAGAUAUCAGUGAUAAUAGUGGAAUGACACCAGCGAUGCUUUGUGCCAAGAAAAGCUAUACAAUGUUCCCACUACGAUUAAUUGUUCGAGCCGGUGCAGAUUUGUCGCUUAAGGAGCAUUUCAGUGGAAAUACUGCACUUCAUUUAGCUGCACAUGAUCGGAAUUCUUCUGCGGUGAUAGAACUACUCCAGGGAAAUGCUGACGUUAAUAUCCGGAAUAAACAAUCAGAGACGCCGUUAGACAUGGCUAGGGCUAUUAAAAAUCCACACAUUUUAGGUGACUCACUAUCAAUCUAUCAGAAGCAUACAAAACUAUCCCUUAUUACAGAAAUGAUGGAAGAGGCUGCUAGAAAACAAGGAGUCAGUCGAACAAGCUGCUUUAGGAAGUGUUUCGUCCCACCGCUCAGCACAUACUUUUUUUUCAUGGUCCCGAUGUUUGGAUUUUUCAUCACGUAUCUCCUUUUCAAAUACUUGCCACUGGUCGUUGCCACAUUUACUACAUUGAUCUCGUGUAUCUUCUUAAUGGUUCUUAUCCGGUUUGACUACCACGAUCCCACUUACAAACUUCUUCCUUAUGGAGUCACUAUCGCCGAAGCGCUUCUUAUGAUUUUCUCUUGGACAGCCUAUGCACAUUGGUUCGUGCCAUGGUGGGCUCAGAUGCUCUUCGUACUCUCUGUUAUCGCUCUUGGAUUCACUUUAUUCAGGAUAGGAACAGUGGAUCCUGGGAUAGUGAAAGCUCCUAAAAACUGUCAUCAGCUAUACGUCAACGAGGCAGAAGCUGGAAUCCAACACCAACAUAAAUACUGUUUCACAUGCUUUAUCAGGAAAUUGGAGCAUACGAAACACUGUGCAGUUUGCGGAUUUUGCGUGAACAACUUCGAUCAUCACUGUCCGUGGUUAAACAGCUGUGUGACUAGAAGAAACAUGCGAGAAUUCAUCAUGUUCAUCAUUUCGGUGGCCGUCUCAUCAUUCAUCUACUGCGUGGCAACCACACAUUACGCUGUUAUGAAGAUUGAUGAGAAUGGAUUGGAGAAGUUCCUGGAGACUGAAGCCUUCUUGAUGAUCACUAUUAUUCUAUCUGCAAUGCACGCGUUUAUGCUAGCAGUGCUUUUCUGUGUACAAUUAAAUCAGAAAAUUGAUAGCCAGGCUUUGAAAAUGUCGAAAAAAAAAACAAUCUCCCAAGGCGUUACCACUAACGAACGGAUCAAAGCUCGUCGUGCCGGCCACCAUCAUUCUCAUAACUCUGACUACAAUGUGAUCCAUCACCGACCAAGCGUUUCUAAACGAUGUCAUAAUCUACUGGAAUUUUUCUCCUCAAACGGCGAUCCUAAUUGGUAA